AUGGCAGUCCAAAUCGAUCCCGACGGUGACGUUCUGGUCAGCUGCUCAGGAACUGUCACCUUCCUAGUCUCUAAAAAGGCCCUGUCCCUGGCGUCCCCCGUCCUUACCUGGAUGGUGAAAGCGCCCGUGGAAGGUGGAUUGGCCAUCAAAGACGAAUCCAGCAAACAUGCCAUUGUGAGCCUCCCGCAUCAGGACCCAGAAGCCUUCCGCAUCUUCGGCGAAGUGGCCCACCACAAAUCUACAGAUCUCUCCGAUAUUCCCACGCCCCGCUGCCUUCGAACUGUCGCCUACCUGAUUGAAGAAUACAAUUGUGGUAAAGCAAUGCGUUAUUCAGCUCGUGUAUGGCUUUCACAUACACUGAGGGGCAAAAGCCGUGAGCAGCUGUGGGACUUGCUACACCUGGCAUACGUCGUGAACCUCAGACACCAGUUUUAUGAUAUAUCCCGCAAGAUUCUGUGGACUGUAAAAGGCCGAUUCCGCUGCUGGGAAUACCCAUCUGAAGACCUCGGUGUGUUCUCUGAUGCUAUGCUAGGUCUGUUCAGCCACAACUCUCAGAGAGCGUCUUUUUAA